GUACUCUGAAUUAUAACUGUAUAGGUAAAUAAUAAUACAUUUAUUCAUGUUAUUGUAUUUUAAUUUUAUACCAAUUGUUAUUUUUUUAAAUCUCAACAUAAAUUUAUCAUAGUAUUUUCUAUACAUAUAUAUAAAUAUUUAUUGCAACACAAGAAUUUUUCAAUAAUGAGGGCGUAUUCAAAUUUGAUUUUAAGUAGACCGACUAAAUAGUUAACUUCCUGUUGGGUCUAAUUCAAGCACAUCAAAUGUUGAUCAUCCGUAAAAAUAUUUGUUUCGUAUUAACCAUCAGUGGAGUAUUAACGUGCGGUUUUUUUUAUUGCCUAUUGUAUACAUCACAUGAUGUACUCAAAAAUAGAUUUCAAUCAAAUGACAAGAAAAAUCUUAGAUACAAUGAAUUUGAGGUACUUGAACCACAGACAAAUCUUAUUGAAAAGUUGACGAGAGAAUUAGCUUUGGCACAAAUAAAAAUUGAAAAACUUGGAGAAAAGAUGCGAGGAUUUGAUGAACGUAUCAAAAAGCCAUAUCCAAAUGUUAAAUAUUUGAAUUAUCGUUUUAAGAAACGUAUACUGGUAACUGGUGGAGCAGGUUUUGUUGGUUCCCAUUUGGUUGAUCAAUUAAUGAAAGCUGGUCAUGAUAUUACUGUGGUUGAUAAUUUUUUUACCGGAGUCAAAGCAAACGUUGAACAUUGGAUUGGUCAUGCUAAUUUUGAAUUAAUACAUCAAGAUAUCGUUAACCCAUUGUUCGUAGAAGUUGAUGAAAUAUAUCAUUUAGCUUCUCCAGCAUCGCCUCCACAUUACAUGUUCAAUCCUGUCAAAACUAUAAAAACCAACACCAUCGGAACAAUUAAUAUGUUAGGAUUGGCAAAGCGAGUGGGUGCUAAAGUUUUAAUAGCUAGUACUUCUGAAGUUUACGGUGACCCAGAAGUCCAUCCACAACCAGAAACCUAUUGGGGCCACGUUAAUCCAAUUGGACCUCGUGCAUGUUACGACGAGGGUAAGAGAGUGUCGGAAACGCUUAGUUAUGCUUAUGCUAAGCACGAAAAAGUGUCCGUUAGAGUUGCUAGAAUUUUUAAUACACACGGACCUCGAAUGCAUAUGAAUGAUGGACGUGUAGUGUCUAAUUUUAUUUUACAAGCCCUUCGCAAUGAACCAAUUACAGUAUAUGGUAGUGGUAAACAAACUCGGUCAUUUCAAUUUGUAUCAGAUCUUGUUGAUGGUCUAAUAGCAUUAAUGGAAUCGAAUUACACGCAACCUGUAAAUCUAGGAAACCCAACAGAACACACUAUUAAUGAGUUUGCAAAGAUAAUUAAAGAUUUGGUUGGAGGAGAAAGCCAGAUAAUUUCAAAAUCAGCUGUUGAAGAUGAUCCACAAAGAAGAAAACCAGAUAUCACUAGAGCAAUGACUUACUUAAAUUGGAAACCCAAGGUGGGCUUAAAAGAAGGUUUAAAAAUGACUAUUAACUAUUUCAAAGAAGAACUAAGAAAAUCACAAAAUAAAACACAAUAAUAGAUUAUUUUACUUAUAAUUUUAACAACUAAGUAUUAAAUAUUAACUAGAUUAUAAAACUAACCACACAAAAAUACUGCAAAAAUAAUAAUAGUUUUUGUUGAAUAUUUACUUUGAUCUCUUUAUUCAUUAUACGUCUUGUUGUUAUAUAGUCAGUUUUUUAUCUUAUAUAAUUGUUACUAUAUGUAUACUAUUUACCAUUUUUUUUAUUUAC